AAAAUAAAAAAGAAUUCACGAAUUCAGAUUUUGGGCAAAGCAAAUAUUACAUUAUUGCAAAUUACGCUCUACCUUCGCAUGCUCAGCAGCUCGUAUGGCAGCCUCCUGUCUCAUCAAACCGGAGAGUACUUGGGGCUCCUUUGAUUUAGGAAAUUUUACGCGUCUCUGUCUUCGCAAUUUUUUUAUACGUGUUCGCCAAACGAGCCUCAAUCUCCUCCUCAAUUCGAAGUGUCAGCUCCAAGCACCUCGUCACAGCCGCCUUCGCCUUUAUUCCGAAAUCCUGCUUCUUCAAAGGACCUCCAAGGACCUGGUCUCAAUCCUCACUAAAGUCAUAGCUCCCCUUAUGAAUGCCCACGUGAGGUCUAUAAACCCCUCUCGUUCAUUAAGGUCACUGGGUAUUUCAUCGUGGAAGGUGAAAUAGUUCAGGCUACGAUCCGUUAAAGAAUGAAAACAAUGGCAGAUCGUUAGAAUAAGGGGUGAUAACCAGGGA